AAUGUGGAAAGUACUCGUCCGGAGGAGGGUUAAGAUGGUGAGGGGAGCGAGGUCGAGAGCGCUAGCGGAGUGCCUCGAGACGGGGUAUCUUGGGCUCGCAGCAACACCGCAUUGGUCAACUUCAAUACAUAAAGUGGCCAGAAGGCACCGCAAUGUCUAUGUAGGUCUGUUCUGGUUUUCUGAUUGUUUGUCAACCUUCUCCAUUCUGACCUUCUACUCAAACGCUCGCUUGCCAUGCCGUCGACCGAAUUAACCACAGCAAACGGCUCGGGAGAGCAUGUCGUAGAAGGCUCAGCUUCGACUUCCGCCAAACCGCAGACAAAGAUCACCUUAGCUGGCAAGGUCAUUGCUAUCACCGGAGCGAACAGGGGUAUCGGUCUCGGCGUAGCCAGCUCCUGCCUUGACAACGGCGCGGACCGCGUAUAUUCGAUCGAUAUCGGCGAGGUAGGCGACGACUUUGCCGCAGUCCAGAAGAAGUACCCUGGAAAGCUCCAUGCAAUCAAAGCCGACGUUACGAACGAAGAAAGCGCAACAAAAGCGGUAGACCAAAUCAUUGUGGAUGCUGGUGCAUUCCACGGCAUGGUUAUCAAUGCUGGACGGACGAAGCACAAGCCUGCGCUUGACUUCACCACGGAAGAAAUAAAUCAGCUAUGGUCCAUCAAUCUGUUCGGUUCGUUUUACUGUGCCCGAGUUGCCGCGCGCACCUUCAUCAAGCUAGGCGUGAAAGGGAGCAUCGUCUUCACCGCGAGUAUGGCCUCUUACCGUCCAAACAAAAGAGUUCCAUCGGCGCCGUAUGGUGCAAGCAAAGCUGGCGUGCGCAAUAUGACUCACACAUUAGCGAUGGAAUGGGCACAAUACAACAUCCGUGUAAACUCGGUCUCCCCAGGGCUUGUGAACACCGCGAUGACGUAUUGGGUGCCCCAACAACCCGACUGGGAGCAGCAGCUGAAGUAUUAUGGAGGCAUGCCGCGCCUUGCGGAGAUCGAAGAGCUUGGUGGAGCGUACGUCUACUUGUUAAGUGACGCAGCAAGCUAUACAACCUCCAUUGACAUUCCGGUCAAUGGAGUCGUCGGCAUCUGUUAAAGCGGUGGUGAAGUCAGUGGUCG